AUGAUGCCCUGUGGAGAGAAGAGGGGCAUAGGAGCAUGUCAGACACCAGGCACUGAAAACUUGCUAGAACUCAGCUCAGACCAAGCCCCGCCCCCAGGGGACCCACCCAAUCAGGCCUCGGUGCUGCAAGGCCCCGCCCCUUCACGGGUCCUUAGAGACUCCAGAAACGCCCCAAUUUGGCCCAAGGUCUUCUGGGAAACGGGGGCCAACAGCCUCCAGGUACACGAAUUGACGUCGGGCACGCACCACAAUCCCCAGGGGGCUCCGCUCCUCCAGGGGACGAACCCACUCCCCCGCCCUCCCUCAGGGCAUGCGCACAGGGGCAAGGGCGGGUGGGGGAAGGGCACCCGGACGUCCAGCUGCCGGCGGCCGCCGAGCCCCGCCCUCCGUUGCCUCCCGGGCGAUCUCCGGGGCGCGCCUCUCCCUCCUCCAGCCCAAGGUAGAUUCCCAAGCCAGGCUAUCGCUCUUCACCUCAGCUACCAGGUUCUCCACGACCACCUUCAGGAACGCCAGCAGCGUCGCGACCAGCCAGUGCCGGGACCCACCAGUGACGGGCUGGGACCUCGCUCACCGCGGCGGGACCUCUCCGUCUGGCCUCGGGCCCACCCAUUCCUGCCCCGUAGCCGAGCCGCGAUUGGCUGGAGGCCUGCCCGCCGCGGGGCGUCGAUUGGCUGGGCGGAGCCACCGGCCCUGGCCCGGAGACGCCGGACCCGCCUACCCCUUCCUAGCGCCCUGAGCCAUUUAAAGAAGUGCUACUGGCAGGGGGCGGGGCACCGCCUCGGGGGUGGAGGGCGGUGGAGCCAGCAGAACCGCUUCCUUUCACUCAGCUACCGUCUUUGCUCCAAGAGCGUCACCAUUGCUUCCUGUGGUCCCUUUUUGAUACGUCUGGACCCCUCCGCGGAGCCACAGAGGCUGAUAUGA